ACAAUAAUUCUCAAAACAAUGAAAAUGCGAUAGAAUUCCCACAUUCCCACUACGACUAGAAUUUCGAAUACAAUCACUUUACCACUUUAUAGUACAUAAUACUUUCACAACAUAAAUUAUGGCCAAAAUGACUGAAUUAAUUGUAACAACUAUGGCAACAUCAUCAGCAGCAACAACAACAAUAACAACACAAAAUACUCCUACAAGAUUAGAGAAACGAAAAAAGAAAAUUAAAUAUCGUGACAAAAUGAAAUUUAUAAACGCCAUAAUACUAGGAUUAAUUGUUGUAGUUUUAAUAAAUGAAUUAGAAGAAAAGUAUGGCGGCAAAAGCAGAGGCGAAAGAGCAUUGAGUAGUAUGGGUGUAAUGGCCCAAACACGAGAUCCAAGAUUUUAUUCUAGAGUAGGCGUUAAUGAUUAUCAAUGGCCGAAUCCAGGUGAUCCAGAUUAUAGAACUUAUACAUUUAAUGAUCGCCGUUAUGGUCAUUAUCAACCGAAUGGUUAUGGCGCCAAUUAUCCCGGUAGAAAUCCACCAGGUCAAUAUCCCCAAGGAAUGCCAAACGAAGAUCGUUUUCGUUUUGAUCCAAACAAUCCAAAUGCAGGUCAUACACCAUUUCCGGGAAUUUUAGCUGGUUGGCGAGAAGAUCUACAAGGUAAACAGAGACGUGAUUCCUUAACACUCGAACGUGAUGUUUUUGUCACCACGAACUAUGGUCAAGUGCAGGGCUUUAAAGUUUACAUGUAUGACAAUCCCGAUCCGAAAUCCUUCUAUCGACCCUAUCAUUCUACGGUGGAUCGUGUAAUGGGUGAAUGUUCGGUAUUUUUGGGUAUACCCUAUGCCUUGCCGCCUACAUUUGAAGGACGCUUUAAGCCACCUAGAUUGCAUAGAGGUUGGCAGCUACUGCAGGCGGUAGAUUUUGGCCCCGCCUGUCCACAGCCUGUGAGAUAUACAGGAGCGACCAAGGGCAUUAUGGACAUGGAUGAGGAUUGCUUGUAUUUGAAUAUAUUUUCGCCAAAUACGGGUGCUGGUAUUGCUCAAAAAUAUCCGGUAAUGGUAUAUAUCCAUGGUGGAGAAUUUAUACGAGGUGCCUCCAAUCUAUUUCAAGGCCAUAUAUUAGCCUCAUUCUAUGGCGUGGUGGUAGUAACUUUAAAUUAUCGCUUAGGAGCUUUAGGUUUUCUCUCAACUGGUGAUGAAAACUCUCCUGGUAAUUAUGGCAUACUCGAUCAGUCUAUGGCUUUGAAAUGGGUCUAUGAUAAUAUAGAAUUUUUCAAUGGUGAUCGUGAAUCGAUAACAUUAUUUGGACCUGGAGCUGGUGCUGCUUCAGCGGGUUUACUUAUGGUAGCUCCUCAAACUAGAAACAUAGUGAAGAGAGUUAUAGCUCAAUCUGGUUCCGCUUUAGCCGAUUGGGCUUUAAUACAGGAUAAAUAUCGUGCUCAAAAUACCAGUCGUGUCUUGGGUCAACUUCUGGGUUGCUCUUUGGAAUCUUCCUGGAAAUUGGUAAAUUGUUUGCGUACUGGCAGAAGUUUUUAUGAGUUGGGAAAUGCGGAAUUUCCACCCGAUGUUGGUACUUUUCCCUGGGGUCCCGUUUUGGAUCAUAAUUUUACCGUACCAAGUGAUGGUUGGUAUGAUGGCUGGCGUGAAAAAGAUUGGCGUUUUCUUUCUGAAACCCCUCUCGAGUUAUUGCGCCAGGGUAAAUUCAAUAGAGGUUUACAAUACAUGACGGGUGUUACGACACAAGAAGCAGCCUUCUUUUUAUCACAAAAUGAAAGUUUAGCUCCCUACUAUGAAAUUGAUGGAAAAUUCUUUGAUCAAAAGAUAAGGGAACAUGUAUUGCGUUACAAUUACACUUUAAAUCCCAAUGGUAUCUACGAAGCUAUUAAGUAUAUGUACACUUACUGGCCAGAUCCCAAUAAUAGUACAAUAAUACGUGAACAAUAUAUAAAUAUGUUAUCAGAUCUAUACUAUCGCGCUCCGGUGGACCAAAUAGUUAAGAUUUUGUUGGAACAAAAAGUGCCCGUCUAUAUGUAUGUGAUGAAUACCACCGUGGAAGCCUUAAAUCUACCGCAAUGGCGUAAAUAUCCCCAUGAAAUAGAGCAUUAUUUCCUAACAGGAGCUCCCUUCAUGGAUGUGGAAUUCUUUCCGAAAAAGGCUCAUUUAGAGAGAAAUAUGUGGACAGAUAAUGAUCGUAAUAUGUCGCAUUUCUUUCUGCAAACAUUUUCAAAUUUUGCUCGUUAUGGCAAUCCUACUCCUCAACAAGUAUUGGGUUUACAUUUUGAACGUGCCUAUCAGGGUGAACUGCGCUAUUUGAAUUUGAAUACUACUUUCAAUUCUUCAAUUUUACUUAAUUACCGACAAACAGAAUGUGCCUUUUGGACUCAGUAUUUACCCACAGUUAUAGGUGUUCUAGUGCCCACCUAUCCACCCACCACGGAAUAUUGGUGGGAACCUAAAGAACCCUUGCAGAUUGCCUUUUGGAGCAUGUCGGUGGCAUGUUUGUUUUUAAUUGUAUUGGUGGUUAUAUGCUGCAUAAUGUGGAGAAAUGCUAAGAGACAAUCCGACCGUUAUUAUGACGAAGAUAUUUUCAUUAAUCCCGACGGCACCGAAUACGAUCAACAAUCUCGAGCUGCUGGUGUUGAUAAUAGUAAUUUAGUUACAAAUCAUAAUGUUAUGCGUUCACGCGAUAACAUUUACGAAUAUCGAGACUCACCUUCAACGAAAACCUUGGCCAGCAAGGUCCUCACUGAUACAACAUCUAUAAGAUCACCCUCAUCUUUAGCCAUGACACAAAAGACUGGCAGUCAAUCAUCUCUUAAAUCUGCCAUAUCAUUAAAAGAAACAAAUGGUGGUGGUACUCUCACCUACAAUAGACCCUUACGUAGUGAAGCUAGUGCUCCUUCUGCCAGAAUAAUAACCAAUGGUAAUACUGCACCUGCUGCUCAUACCAAAUCAAUAGAAGAGAAACGUCUCUUACAGCGAGAACCCAUACCGCUGUCUUCAACUCCCGUACCAUCAGAAAUUUCAUAUACUAAACCUACAAAACCUAUUUUACAAAGUCGUAGUGUUACACCCACUCCAAGUGCUCGCACCACCACAACUACUGCCACCAUAUCGAGUGGUUCGAGUGUGGUACAACCUUUACCGGUACCGGCACCUAAGCCUCAGACGCGUACACAAGUGAUAGAGGGCAUACCACAGACGUCCGUUUAAGAAACAGCUCUCUAAAUGUUACAAUAUCGGAAGG